CUAAAUACUUGAGGCAGUUGGAGAAACAGUGAGAGGGAAAGAGUCUCUGACUUGGAGGAAUAUAGCGGCAGCUUGUCGACAGCCGAGAGGACAGAAGCAGCUCAGUCGAGGUCCAGAACACCUCACAUCCCUCUGUAAGGCUGUGGGGAGGUGGAGAAGGAUACAGCUGCUGCUAAUAGGAUUUGCAAGUGUAAGGUGCAGCGGGGGGCUGAGAGGCAAGCGCAUGAGGAGGGGGUAUCCUGAGACCCCUGUCCCCACACACAGCGCUUGUACAGACACAGCGUAGCUAAAGGGAGACACGCCAACCAGCCUGCCAGUAGUCAUGAGGUCCAUCCGCUCAUUCGGAAAUGAUGACCGUCACGUGAUGGCCAAACACUCCACCAUCUACCCAUCCUCCGAGGACCUGGAGGCUGUACAGAGUCUUGUCUCCACUGUCGAGUGUGCCCUCAAACAUGUCUCUGAUUGGCUGGACCAGUCCCAAGGUGGUCAGCCGAACCCAACCAGCACCCAAGAGGAGGAGGCAGAGGCGGAGGCAGAGGCUAGCACUGACGAAUCAGCAGAAGGAAGCACCAAUGAAGGCAGUAGCAGCAGCAGUAGUGCUGACGGAGGCAAAGUUCUGUGUGGAGUGGUGCGGAUUGGCCUGGUGGCUAAAGGGCUGCUGAUAAAAGACGAUAUGGAUUUGGAGCUGGUGCUCAUGUGCCGAGAGAAACCCACACAGACGCUGCUGAGCACUGUCUGUGACAACUUACCCCAGCAGAUUGAGAAGCUGACGGAGGAGAAGUACGAGGUGCAGUGCUCUAUCCCCGAGGCAGCCAUCCUGGUUCGCAGCACAACUGAACCCAAACUCACACUGAAGGUCACACUCACCUCUCCACAGAUGAGAGAGGACAGCGAGACAGGAGAACAAGAGAGCGCUGAGGCGAGCGAGCCGACGGACCUGCUGGAUAGACAGAGGUGCCUGGUGGCGCUGGCCUCUCUGCGACAUGCUAAAUGGUUCCAGGCAAGAGUAAAUGGCUUAAAAUCAGGCGUCAUCGUUUUACGGAUUCUAAGGGACAAGUGCAAUAGAGUACCUGCAUGGGAGCCUCUUAAAGGAUGGCCCCUGGAGCUGCUGUGUGAGAAGGCUAUCGCUACGUGUAACCGGCCGCUAGGUGCAGGAGAGGCUUUGCGCAGAGUCAUGGAGUGCCUGGCCUCUGGGAUAUUACUGCCAGGUGGACCAGGGCUACAUGACCCAUGUGAAAAGGAGCUGACAGACACGUUGGCAACCAUGACAGACGAGGAGGCGGAGGCCAUCACAUACAGUGCACAGCAUUAUCUCCGGCUCAUGGCCUUUGGGCAGAUCUAUAAGGUUUUAGAGAUGGAUCCACUACCCUCCAACAAGCCCUCACAGAAAUACCCCUGGUCAGACAAAGAAGGUACAGGGCUAAAAAGGCCCUAUGAAGAUGGCAUGAUGGACGACAAAGAUCUCAUCAAAAAGAUGAAACGCAACUUGAGAAAAGUCCUAGACAGUAAAGCAAUAGACUCCAACCAGCCCAUGAAUGCUCUGAUGCGGCUGAACCAGAUCCGUCCGGGACUGCAGUAUAAGCUGCUGUCUCAGUCCGGUCCGGUUCAUGCCCCAGUCUUUACCAUGUCUGUGGACGUGGACGGCACUAUCUACGAAGCCUCAGGCUCUUCCAAGAAGACGGCCAAGCUGCACGUGGCUGUUAAGGUGCUGCAGGCCAUGGGCUACCCCACAGGAUUCGACACGGACCUGGAUUCUAUGAGUGCUGAUGAGAAGUCAGACAGUGAAGGGAAGAGCGAGACAUCUACACACUCAAGCAAUAACACACCACACUCCACAGACAGCUCCAACACACUGGAGGUGCGAACUCAGGGUCCUAUUCUGACGGCAAGUGGUAAGAACCCAGUGAUGGAGCUGAAUGAAAAGCGGCGAGGUCUCAAAUACGAGCUGAUCUCUGAGAGCGGUGGCAGCCAUGACAAACGCUUCGUCAUGGAGGUGGAAGUUGAUGGGCAGAAGUUCCGUGGAGCAGGGCCCAAUAAGAAAGUAGCCAAAGCCAGCGCUGCCCUUGCUGCACUGGAGAAACUAUUUUCUGGGCCAAAUGCUGCCGGCAACAAAAAGAAAAAAAUCAUCCCUCAGAGUAAAGGAGUGAUCGCUGCAGCCGCCGCUGCCACUGCUGUGGCAGUUCAGGCAGCUCGAGGAAGAGGAAGAGCCGCGCUCACGCGAGGAGCGUUCGUCAGUGCCGCUGCCCCGGGAUAUGUCACACCAGGUUUUGGAAGCCCGUAUGGUUACGGUGCUGCUGCUACUGCUCCUGCAUACGGUUUGCCCAAGAGAAUGCUUCUGUUGCCCGUCAUGAAAGUGCCCGCCUACCCAAUCCCCCACUACUCCUUCUUUUAGCUCAGGAGAUUCACCAAAACACACACACACACAACUUUUAAUUCAGAAGGGAAUGUUAGACAGAAUGUCCGAGUGUAACCCCAUUGAGAGCUAUAAAGACUUUAAGUGGAGGUUUAUUUGUAAAGGAUUUUUAAUUUAGUUUAUUUUAUUUUUGACCUCUUUGUUUUCUGACUUAAAAAAAUGCAGGUUUUUAAGUUCUUAAUGAAGAAGAAGAAAAAAGACUUGAACGAUUUGUACUGUGAAUUGUUACCUCAUUCGUGGAAUUUUAAAUUAUACCAACUUUUCUUUUCUUUCUUUUCUUUUUUUUUUUUUAUUGUGGUUGUUUUUUCUAUAGUAGGGAUUGAGGUUAUGUGAUUGGACACAGGCAUCUUUUUAAAGAUGGCAGAAGCUAUGGGAUGUAUAGGUCUAAUUGAAACUACUGCUGACAAAUAAACCUUUAUCUUCCUCAACUGCCAA